AGUCCGGAUCUAGUUCAAUUGAAAACAAUAAUCACACUAAAAUCAGUUUUUCCAUAUCGAAACCACCAGAGCACGUAAAUUUGGGGAACGAAGAUGUGGACAACCCACAAGAAACUGCAACACAGAGUAUUGAACAGAAUGUUACAUUAAAAAACGAAUCAACAGAAUCUAAUUUAUCGGAAAAUAAUGGAGGUACAGGGGAAAAUAAAAAAAAGCGAAAAAGAAGUCGCUGGGAUCAGGCUGGUUCAACAACAGUAAAAGAAGCUCCAACACCUUCAAUUGACUCAAAUUCAACUCAAAGUGUAAGUGAUGAAACUGCCAGUUAUGCCUCCUCCUCCUCAUUUACUCUAGUAAGACCCAGCACCAGCACCAGCACCAGCACUAGCACUACAACAACAGCAACUUCAGCGAAUCCUACUCCCCCACAGCAAAGUUAUACCUUUUCAGAUAAAAGAAAAUUUGUAAAAUAUUCGGAUACUUAUAAAUCUGGUAUGGUUCGUAUCGGAUCCAAAUGGGUUUAUCCUGAAGAUGAAAUUACAGAUGGUGGUACAUGGGAGCAUAAAAAGAGAGCAGAAGAAAUGAAAAAGACAGCGGAACAAGCGGCUUUGUUAACUUCUCAAGCUGAGGCUAAACGUGCACACCAUAUCGCUGACUUUUUACCCAAGGAAGAACUUGAGAGGUUUGAACAAAAAGUUAAAGCUGUCAAAACUGGUGGUUCAUCUCCAACAUAUGAAGAUUAUGCUGGCAAUAAGUUGGAUCCGUCAAACAUUGGAUUUAAAAUGCUAAUGAAACAAGGUUGGCAGGCUGGGUCCGGAUUAGGAAAAUCUGGGGAAGGUAUUGCUGUUCCUAUAAACAAAGCUGAUAAUCGACCAGCAAAUGCAGGAUUAGGACAAACGAAACCUGAAGGCGUUGAAGAAGAAGAUGAUGAGUUUGAAAUUUAUCGCAAGAGAAUGAUGUUGGCAUACAGAUUUAGACCAAAUCCUCUGAACAAUCCCCGUCGACCAUAUUAUUGAAACAGAUAAAAUAAAUCUUUUAGGGACUUCUUUGUUUAUUAUUACACAUACUUUUAUUUUUGUUUGCUUUCUUUUGCCAGAAGUACAAUUCCUAAUAAAUAUUUUUCAUUUCUUAUUAUAUAUAUAUAUCAUAGCAUUUGUAUUUAAUUUAUUUAGAUUAUGUUUUUUAAUAAAUUUUUUGGUUAUUUGGUAGA